AGGGCCUGUCAAAUGUGCUGUCAAAGUGUAGAGAAGCCACAAAAAAUCGUUAUAAUUUUAUAAAAAUCAUCCUUAAAUCUAGCCUUAACACAAUUAUAUCAUAAUUUUGAAUGUAAAUUGAAAGAUUGGUCAAUUAAAACUAGUACUUAUGGAGCAACAGUUCGUUGAAAAACACUUCCAUAUGGAAAAAACACAACUCGCGCGGGUAGUAUAAACGGGUUUUGUUAUGGCGAAUAGUUUGUUGUGAUUAUACAUCGCACAUACACCCACAGGUUCGCAAAACUUGCAAUGGAAAAUAGUUGUCCAAUAGUCUAGGGCCGGAGUUUCAAUCGGUUGAAUCCAACAGAACAGAACGAACAUUCCGAGGUUGUGUCGUUCAUGCUGUGUAAAUAACUGAGAAACCUCGUCGGCGUGAAAGAAUCGAACUUAAAGUGUUAUUAAAUAGGUUCCAUCCGUGCACCGUGACUGUAUGUGAUUGGCAGAGCGACACUCGUUGUGUGUGACCAGUUGGCAAAAGUUUUAUUGUUUGCAUUUGCAAUAAGCAGUUGCUUUCAUUUGCGCAAGUGAUUUUUCGUUCAAGAAAAAAUCGAUCAGAUUACGUAGCUCGUUCGUUUCGUAGACACACCAGCAAAAGAAUGCCCCGCCAGUACGACGAAGAUGAAGCACGUCGUCCUAUUCUGCAUGCGGACACGGACACGGAUGAACCGACCGCGGUCAGCGGAUCGUUGGCCCGCCUAGGACGCCCGAGCGAUGACGAUGAGCUGACCGAGCGGUUGACAGGUUGUGGUGCAACCGCGUGCUGUAACCCGUCCUCGUUUCUGCAUCGCUUCCAGGCGCUUAUCUUGAUGUGCCUGGUCGGUUUCGGGUCUUACUUCUGCUAUGAUAAUCCGGGCGCAUUACAAGAUACGUUCAAAUCGGAUCUCGAUCUUACCACCACCCAGUUCGUGAUGCUGUACUCGAUCUACUCGUGGCCCAAUGUGAUCCUUUGCUUCAUUGGAGGCUUCCUGAUGGAUCGCGUAUUUGGCAUCCGGUUGGGAACGAUCAUCUACAUGUUUAUACUGCUGAUCGGACAGCUGAUCUUCGCGAUGGGUGCCACUAUCAACAUGUUUUGGCUCAUGAUCGUCGGACGCUUCAUGUUCGGCAUUGGUGCGGAAUCGCUUGCCGUGGCGCAGAACAGUUACGCGGUACUGUGGUUCAAGGGCAAGGAGCUUAAUAUGGUGUUUGGGCUGCAGCUAUCGUUUGCCCGCGUUGGCAGCACGGUCAACUUCCUCGUCAUGGUACCGAUCUACAAGUACGUGAAGAGUCUCGGCUACCAGGGACACAUGUGUACCGGGGUGGUCCUGCUGCUUGCCACACUGACCUGUGUGAUGUCAAUGAUUUGCGCGCUGAUUCUCGGCUGGAUGGAUCGCCGGGCAGCACGUAUUAUGAAGCGUAACGAUUCCGCCCCAGGCGGAGAAGUGGCCAAACUGUCCGAUGUGCGCACAUUUAAGGUAUCGUUCUGGAUGGUGACGGUGAUUUGUGUGGCAUACUACGUGGCCAUCUUUCCGUUCAUCGCACUGGGGAAGGUGUUUUUUAUGCGAAAGUUUGACUUUACGUCCGAGGACGCCAAUACGGUCAAUUCGAUUGUGUACAUUAUUGCCGCAGUAGCUAGCCCGUUGUUUGGGCUGAUUGUGGAUCGUACCGGACGCAAUGUGCUGUGGGUAUUUCUGUCCGUGUUGGUGACGAUCGUAGCACACGGUAUGCUUGCGUUCAGCUAUCUGAAUCCGUACAUCGGAAUGAUCACGAUGGGGUUAGCCUACUCGAUGCUUGCUUCCAGCCUGUGGCCAUUGGUUGCGUUGAUUGUACCGGAAUAUCAACUGGGAACCGCAUACGGCAUCUGUCAAUCCGUACAAAAUCUGGGACUGGCCGUGAUCUCCAUGAUUUCGGGCAUGAUCGUUGACAAGGGUGGAUACUUUAUGUUGGAAAUUUUCUUCAUCGGAUGGCUUAUCGUUUCUCUGCUGGCUACUAUCGUUAUCUGGAUGUAUGACGCAAGCAAUGAUGGUCUGUUAAACAUGAGCCCAGCUGCACGUUCUCUUUAUGCAAGCAAAACAUUGCAAGGCCGGUCCGGUGAACCGGGUAGGUCUGGUGAUAUGACGGACAGCCAGGAGCAGUUGGAGCGUGAUCGGCGCAGCAAGGAUCCGGAAGCGAUCCGAAACCGGUACGUGAACCGUGUGCUCGAUGGUACACCAAACCAAAGCGAUACCGAGCCGUUGAUAGAGUAAGGCUAGGUCAGAAAAAGGGCAGGAAAAAUUCUUCCUUUAGAUGAAAAUCCCCCUCCGCCAACAGCAGAGGCUCAUUCCGGUUUUGAUGGAGGCUGUGUAUGUAUGUGUGGAUGUGCGCGUGUAUGUGUCUCUGAAUGUUUAUUCGUCUACGUAUAUAAGGACUAUUCUUAUUGUUUUAGAUGUACUUUAUGAUGGUUAUUUUAACUGAUACUGAUGAGUGUUUGCCGUGUGGUGUGUUUGCCGUGAGAUAAAACGGUUCGUAUGUGCCGCGAAUGGGAUAAAUAAACCGGGCAAGGUUAUUCAUGAAAAAAAAGUAUUAACCACAGAGAAGAAGAAAAACAGUGAUCGGGAACCAUUCUUUGGCCUGCUAUCUUUAUAACCGUGUCCUUUCUCCGUGGUCAGCUUGCUUUCCAUUUGUUAGAUUGUUUACUACCACAUAUAGUGCCAAUGAUGCCAAAAAAACAAACAAACACACCCAUAAGCAAGAGAAAAGGGAAGGUUUACAAAAUUCACGAACCAAGUUUACAAUAGUUGAAGAAGUUGGUAUUUGCAUUUCACCGUUGCUGCAUGUUUUAUACAAAAAGGUUUUGGGGCGCUUAGAGGAACAAUUUUCCACAGCAAUCCACAGUUGCACAAGAGUACGCGGGAGGAGAAGGCGUCGUAAAAUUAUUGUAGUACGUAUUAGUUGGUUAUUUGCAUCGGUAUGAUGCUAUUUUACAAAAAUACACAUAUCUCAGCCUGGGGCGUAUAGGCGCCGGGUCUUCUACUGUGAACUAUAUGUAUCGGAAAAGUGGAAGCAAAGCUAAGGAAAACAUGUUCGAAUAUAUACAAAAGUAUGGCUAUACUAA